UGAAAGAGCAAGAGGAGUUUAACAGCAUUAUCUCAGUCUGUACGCCUGAAACACAAGGAGUAAAAGAUUAACCUGGAGGUGAACUAUGGCCCUGUCCAGCUGUCCACCGCAAAGGUUUAUUAAGAACACCAAUCUGGCGGACUGGAAGAUGAUUGACUCGGGGGGGUUUGGAAAUGUCUUCAAAGCCAGGCAUCGUCAGUUGUGCUCCAAUGUGGCCAUUAAAAUUCUUCACGUUGAUGAUGGUAAAUCCUUGCUGCGGGAGAUCAACAUGAUGCGUCAAGUGAGCGGUCCGUAUGUUAUUCACGUCCUCGGGGUCUACGAGGAUCAACUGCCAUUUCAUCCCCAAUCAUCGAUAAAGCUUGGUCUGGUCAUGGAGCUCAUGGAGAGAGGAUCUCUGGCGUCUCUGCAGAAAACCCUCACUGGAACGCCACCCUGGCCACUAGUGUUCAGACUGGCUCACCAAGUGGCUCUGGGUAUAAACUUCCUCCACAGUUUGUCGCCUCCUGUGCUCCACCUGGACCUGAAGCCUAGUAAUGUGCUGCUGGACACUUCUCUCAAUGCCAAGCUUACAGAUUUUGGCCUUUCCAGGUUUUAUCACAGUCACACUCGGCUUUCCAAGAAGGACAACGAAGAAGAAGGAGGGACACUUCCGUACAUGCCACCGGAGGCUUUUGACUUAACAUACAAACCUACCAAAGCCUCCGAUAUCUACAGUUAUGGCAUACUUCUAUGGUCUAUUGUUACAGGGAGAAAACCGUAUGAAAAUGCACUAUCCACCAUCGUCCGCCUUCGGAUCCCAGAGGGACAACGUCCAUCGCUGGAUGAGAUAAGACACCAAUUUUCUGGACUUGCAGGCUCGGAGGGUUUGAUGAACGUCAUGGUGAAAUGCUGGGAAGGAAAUCCAGAACAAAGACUCUCCUCCCUUGAGUGUACAACUUCCACAGAAGAAUUGUACAAAGUGCACAAACAUGCGAUUAAUGACAUUGUCCAUCAAGUGCUCAAGAAACUGGACCAACAGGAAGAAGCAUUGAUAGAGCAGCUGGAGGGGGUUCAUAUCACUGAGACUCCAGUAAGUGCCAGAGGUGGAGGAGGGAAUCUUUACGCUAGUGUGCCAACAGGGCAACCGCCAGUUCAGGAAAUGGCUGGUGGUUGGACUGGAGACCAAAAAAACACACCUAGAUUCAAAGAUCCCCCAUCUCAAAGGCCGAUAAAUACGCCUGAGGUCGACUAUAGCCGCUCAUCAAUGUACCAUAAAGUGAUGAAGUCGUCUGUUCUCCCCAUUGUCUCUGCAGCACAGACUCCUACGAGAGUGCCAUCAAUUCAAGGCACAGCAAGAUACAAACCCCAGGAGUUCAUACGUAAGUGCUCGUUCUCCAACUUUCUCCCCUGCUACUCUCCCCCUCCUCCACAUGAAUUUUACAUCACGAUGAGCGAUGUGACAGGAAUUCAGUACGGCAACAACAACACCAUGCACAUCACCACCACGGCCCCACACGAGAGGAAGCGGCAUCCAACAGCACCACCCAGUGUCAACUUACCUCAGACACCACCCAGAGGCAGAAGAGAUAUGAAAGGAGCCUGAAUGAGCCUGAGAGUUCAUUCUGGACAUGGGAGAGUUUUUCAAAGUUAUUCAAAGAGUCGGAGGACCUCAGGCCAGGGGUGUGCACAGACAUUUCUGGGGGACAGGGGCUCGUGGAAACACCCCACCUUCAGAUACACUCAAACUCUCUAUAUACACCCUGAGGUUGCCAUCGCAGCAUUAGAAAUGAAGAAAAACUGUUGUCAACUCUUUGAGGACGCCUCUGAACCAAGACGUUUUAAAAAUAUAUUAUCCGUACAGUUGUUACGAUCAGUUGAUACAUUUGAUCUUAAGUUUCUGAAGAAGCAAUGAAGCCCUGACAGAAUACCAGCAUGAGAAGAAGCCUGAUUGAUUUAUUGUUGAAGUUAUUUCAGAGACCAUGAGAAUGACUGACUUAGAUUUGGUUCGUUUCUGAGCUUUAGCAUAAAAACGGACUCUUUCAUGUUGAUUUUGCUCCAGUUAAACUAUCUGAAGGCAGAUUGUUUUGUAGUGCUGUCCAACCCUAACUCUGAAGUGAUGCCAAAUUUACUCAGAGCCGCCGAUUUGCAAAACAAACACACCCCACCGAGCUGCUGUACUGUAAAUCUGCAAGGAAAACAACUUUUCAGCCUCCA